GUACUUGAUCAAAAACAGAAAAACCUAAGACUAACGCAACUACAAGUAGUACUAGACUACUGCUUCUUACUACACUCCCAAGCCGCCACAAACACUCUGCAAUUACACACACAUUCACUAAUAUGUCAUCAUCUUCACCACAAUCACAAACACCACCAUCAAUGGAGUCUCUAAUCCUCCAACUCCACGACAUUUCCGCCGUGAAAUUCGGCAACUUCAAGCUCAAAUCCGGCAUCUCCUCUCCUAUCUACAUCGACCUUCGCCUCAUCGUCUCUUACCCUACUCUCCUUUCCCAAAUCUCUCAAACCCUAAUCUCACAAUCUACUUCCCCAUACGACGUCGUUUGCGGCGUCCCUUACACGGCUCUCCCUAUUGCCACGUGUAUCUCCACAUCAUCCAAUAUUCCUAUGCUUAUGCGCCGUAAAGAAGUUAAAGAUUAUGGCACUGCUAAAGCGAUUGAGGGCGUUUUCAAAGCUGAUCAGACUUGUUUAAUUGUCGAAGAUUUGGUUACGAGUGGGGCCUCGGUGCUGGAGACAGCGGGGCCGUUGAGAGCGGCGGGCUUGAAGGUCAGGGAUGUGGUGGUGAUGAUUGAUAGGGAGCAAGGUGGGAGGGAGAAUUUGAAGGAGAAUGGGAUUGAGUUGCAUGCGAUGGUCAAAUUGAGUGAGAUGGUUAGGAUUUUGAAGGUUAGAGGGAGGGUUUCUGAGGAGAUGGAAGGGAUGGUUUUGAAGUUCUUGGAGGAGAAUAGGAAGGUUGCGGUGCCAGCGGGAGUUAAGGUGGUGGAGAAGGCGAGGGGGAGAGCAGGUUAUGGGGAAAGAGUUAAGAUGAUGAAGAAUGAAAUGGGGAAGAGGUUGUUUGGGGUUAUGAUGGAGAAGGAGAGUAAUUUGUGUUUGGCUGCUGAUGUUGCUACUGCGGCUGAACUUCUUGAUAUUGCUGAUAAGGUUGGACCUGAAAUUUGUUUAUUGAAAACACAUGUAGAUAUCCUUCCUGAUUUUACCCCGGAUUUUGGAUCUAAGCUUCGCUCGAUUGCAGAAAAGCAUAAUUUUCUGAUCUUUGAGGAUCGUAAGUUUGCUGAUAUUGGUAAUACAGUGACAAUGCAGUACGAAGGAGGUAUCUUUCAUAUACUGGAUUGGGCAGAUAUUAUCAAUUGUCAUAUUAUCCCUGGUCCUGGAAUUGUGGAUGGCCUGAAAUUGAAGGGUUUGCCUCGUGGUAGGGGGCUACUGCUGCUUGCUGAAAUGAGUUCAGCUGGUAAUCUUGCAACGGGAGAUUAUACAGCUGCAGCUGUUAAAAUUGCCGAACAGCAUUCAGAUUUUGUUAUUGGCUUCAUUUCUGUGAAUCCAGCAUCAUGGCCAGGACAGUUAAAUCCAGCCUUCAUUCAUGCAACUCCUGGAGUUCAGUUGGUAAAAGGUGGUGAUGCCCUGGGCCAGCAGUAUAACACCCCUAAAUCUGUGAUUGCUGACCGAGGUAGUGACAUAAUUAUAGUGGGCCGUGGAAUUAUAAAGGCAUCCAACCCUGCUGAGACAGCUAGGGAGUAUCGACUCCAAGGAUGGGAGGCUUAUAAGGCUAGUUGCUGCAACUGAGAUUACCUUGCUUAAAGUUUCCAGUUUGCUUGUAUGACAUACUCUGCUCAAGUGGCAGAUGUUCAAUUAUUGUUGAUCCUAGUUGUCGCAAUGAAAAAAACAACUGAGUGUCAUUUUUGAAGAUCAAUAUGGAUAGCUAUUUGUCUC